AUGAUCCAGUAUUUUAGGUUUACAUUGGUCUCAUAUGCGGCUAGCCGAGGUUCUGCCGAAAACGUCAUUGUACCGUCAAUUUUAGCCACCCUUGUUGUCGGUGUUACGGCGAGCUUAUUGAAGUCAAUCUCUCCAAAAUUCGGUCAUAUGGUGGCUGAAGAGGCGAAAAGGAAAGGAUUCCUGAGAUAUUUGCAUUCACGUGUGAUCACUAAUUCUGAAGAGAUCGCAUUCUACGGAGGUCAUGAAGCCGAGUUCAAACAGCUAAACAAGGCCUACGGCGAGUUGACAGAUCAAACAAAGCUGAUAUUUCGCAAGCGAAUUCUCUACAUCAUGGUUGAGCAAUUCUUAAUGAAGUACGUUUGGUCAGGCACUGGUAUGGUGAUGAUCGCUCUACCAAUUCUAGCUAGUGAAUACACUACUCCUGCUAAGACUCGGCGACUUGAAGACGAACCUGAUGGCGGUGUAUCUGAACGAACGCGUGGCUUUGCUACCGCGAAGAAUUUACUCUACUCUUCGGCGGAUGCUGUUGAGCGAUUGAUGACGUCGUACAAAGAGAUAACUGAACUGGCUGGCUAUACGUCUCGGGUGCACGAAAUGUUUGAAGUGUUCGAAGAUGUCAAGAGAACGUUUUACCGACGAACGUUAGUCAGCGGCGACGAGAAGGGAACUGGCCGCGGUGAAAGCAUGGACACGUCGCGUAUCGAAGGACAUGUGAUGACCUCGGAGGAUGAUGCCAUCAUCCUUGAAAACGUCCCAAUAGUCACACCAAAUGGCGAUGUGGUAAUAAAAAGCAUGUCCAUAGAGAUCAAACCCGGAAUGCACACACUCAUCACAGGACCUAACGGCUGUGGAAAGAGUUCCCUAUUUCGGAUACUAGGCGGUUUAUGGCCAGUAUAUCGAGGAAGAAUCUCACGGCCGCGACCUGAUCGUAUGUACUACAUCCCGCAACGGCCGUACAUGACCCUAGGGACGUUGAGGGAUCAGGUUAUUUACCCGGAUACAACUGUACAAAUGCAUCGGAAAGGUGUCACCGACGUCGAUCUCGCGCAUAUCCUUCAGAUUGUUCACCUGUCACAUAUAGUACAAAGGGAGGGAGGAUGGGAUGCACAGCACGAUUGGAUGGAUUUGUUGUCUGGUGGAGAGAAGCAACGUAUGGGCUUGGCUAGGGUAUUCUACCACAGACCGCAGUACGCUCUUCUUGACGAGUGCACGUCGGCCGUGUCGAUCGAUGUGGAAGGAAGUAUAUACCAGGCGAUAAAAGACAGCGGAAUCACUUUGCUCACUGUUUACUCAACCGACGAGGUUCAGUUGUGGAAAUUCCAUACAAAUUUACUGCAGUAUGACGGUGAAGGUGGAUAUAAGUUGAGGUCUCUUAACGAUUCGACAAUCGGCGAGCGAUUAUCGCUUGCAGAUGAGAAGCGACAAAUUGAAACAAAAGCGUUACCGACGGUGCGCAAAUGA